AUAUCCCCCUGCUCCCUGGCUCCCCGCCACGGCUGAGCCCUCGGGCAGUGGCCAGAGGAGGCCGGGGCCCUAGACACGGAGGGCGAUACCUCCAGGAGCCGGCUCCCCUGGCCCCCGGUUCGCAGGGCAGCUCCUACCCAGCUUCUGGCUGGCCCUGCAGUGGACGGGGCUCCCACGGCAGCUCUGUCAUUAACAACUAUCUGGACGCCAAUGAGCCCGUGUCCUCAGAGGCCCGCCUGAGCCGCAUGCACUUCCAUGACAACCAGAGGAAGGUCGAUUAUGUGCUCGCUUACCACUACCGGAAGCAUGGGGCGCACCUGGGUCACGGCUCCCCUGGCCACUCUCUGGCUAUCGUCUCUAAUGGGGAGACGGGCAAGGAGCCCCAUGCUGGGGGCCCCAGCGACAUUGAGCAGGGGCCGCUUGAUGCCCUGGAGGAGGAGAGGAAGGAGCAGCGGGAGGAAUUUGAGCACAACCUGAUGGAGGCCGGGCUCGAGCUGGAGAAGGACUUGGAGAGUAAAAGCCAGGGAUCCGUCUUUGUCCGGAUACACGCCCCAUGGCAGGUGCUGGCCAGAGAGGCAGAAUUCUUGAAGAUCAAAGUUCCCACCAAGAAAGUAUGA